AUGCUUGUUCGGCCUCCGAUGAUCACAUUGAACAGAAAGGCUAUGACUGGGUCCAGAGGAUUUCUCCGACUCCUGAGUGAACUUGAAGUUGACGUUUCGUUUGAUGACAGCCUAUUCAAAGGAAAGAGCUACGUCACCAAUUGUCCGAACCUCAACCUACUUGGUCUCGACUGGAUCGAGAAAUUCGGCCUCCGGGACGUGCCACUUAACUGCAUUUUGAAAAGUGCACCAUCAACCGGGCCAAGUCCUGCAAAAUUGAAUCAGCCGGCGGCAAAGCUGAUCUCGACUCUACAGGAGAAAUUC